CCAACCCAAACAGGAAGAACCGCUGUUUCCGUUCUAAGAAGUAGAAACUUCCUCUCUUCUUCACGUCCGUCUUACUGCUGCCUUCCCUCUGAAAAGGUGGAAUGUCACCCUCUGGCGCCCCCUGCAGGCCAUGGAGCUACUGCAGUCCCAGCAGGACAAUCUGAGCCUGUGGCUUUCAGCAGAUUCUGCUCACAUCCUCAAUGAGUGCGGAGAUAUUUUAAGUGUAAAUGAACAUAAAAAGAUAACAGAGAAGCCGAAGGAAGAGCAGAUGAGCCUCCUGCUGGAAAUGAUCAUUAGAAAAGGACCAGACACCUGUGAGGCGUUCAUGGACAUCCUGAGGAGGAAUCAGGGACGGUACCAUCAGCUCCAGCAGUUCUUCAGUUCCUCCUCUGACGAUUUGCCUGUUACAUCAAUAUUUGCUGAUGAAAACAGUGUUGUGACCAGCAGAACGCUCCGUAAUAUAAAUACGAAAUUUCUCACAUGCAACGUGGAAACAGUGAGCAGCCCAAGAGGAAAUUCAUCUGGUAAUUCUGCAUCAGGCGCUCGUUAUACUGCAACAGGUGGGAGUGUCAUCAUUGCUGACAGGAUAGACGGAGCCAAUGCUGAAAACAUAAACCUCUCUGUGAACGUUAGACCAUCCCAGGUCCCCUCAGCUCCAGCAGAAACUGCUGACGAUCUUUGCCAGCAUCCUGCUGGAAAGACGAUCAUAGAGAAGAAGGUGAAGCUGAUCGAAUGCCUGAUGACCGAUCAUUGCUACGUCCUGCAGCUCGUCCACCAGAAAUCCAUCGUCUCACUCAGACAAUACCAGAACCUGAAGUCUUCCUCCAGCCCACAGGAAACCAUCACCGGGCUUCUGGAUCUGGUUCUCGGCAAAGGACCAAAGAAAUGUGGCGACUUCCUUCAGCUUCUCAAAGAUCCUGAAGUUCUGGACACAUUUCCGCUGGUCAGGGACAUUUUAGACAUUAGACAUCAAAAUUAAUAUGUUAAAUAUUAUUUUCUGUUGAUGCUCUAACUUUAGAGACGGCGCUGUAUUAAUCAUAUUUAGGAUGAAUAAUGUUUGAAUCCAGACUUUUAUUUUAGUACCAAACAGCACCUGGGUAAAAUUAACCCUGUAAUAUUAUUAAUAAUAAUAAUUUUAACAGCAGAGCUAAUUUUUCAUUUAGUGCUUCAGUUAAUUUUGAAAACCAGUGGUGGGCACACUUCUGAAUUUUAAUGUUUUUAAUUGAGAAUGAACUACUAAAUAUUACUUAACGGUUUCCACAUAAAAGAUUUUAAAUUGUUUAAAAUUUAAAUGUGGGCUGCACAGUGGCACAGUUGGUAGCACUGUUUUUGUUUUUUACUUUAUUUUUAUUCAAUUUUUAAACAUACAAUUACAUACAAUCGAACAUGAGGGCUAGGGCAGGUGGCAUGUAUUCACACUGAUGGGCAUUACAAUGUUACAGAUAUUUCACUGUUUAAAAUCACAAAUGGUAAGCAACAAGGAAAACUCCCAGGUGUCUGUCCGAGUGAUGUGGAGUCACAGACAUCAUCUGUUACACACCUUUGGCAAUAAAAUGAUCCCAUUUUUCCCAGAG